AAUAUAUUUCGAAAGAACUAGAAUUUGAUUUGCAAGCAUCAGAGUGUGGUUAUACACGUCAAUUAAAUUCAUUUAUUCCAUCUGAAAAUUUUUUAAAGAAGCGUGAUAUUAAAGAAUUAGAAAUCAACACUCAAGUAAAUAGUGAUAAUUUAAUUUCGAAACCUCUAAAUAUAGACUUUGCAGGAUGUGGUUACUGA